GCUCAGUCAACUGAUUUCCCCAGCUACCUGCCCAAUUGCUCACAGGAACAGUAUACUGGGCCCUAGCUUAUCCAGCUCGGGUAGGUGUAUAUAUAGUCCUUGAAAGUUCUCUAUUGUUCCAAAAUCGUCAUCUUUAGCUUCUCUCACUAGCCAGUCCAAACACAAAAUGCCUCCGUCCAAUGGUCGGGACCCUUCUAUUGAUAAACGAGACUUUGACACAAACCGUCCGUUACUGACCACCUAUGACUCUGGUGGGGACAUGGAGGGUAGAGAUCUACACUCACGGCCAGGAUCCAGGAUCUCUGUACGCCGUUAUAGCGACGGUGAAGACGGUCUCUUGAAUGAUGUUGUUGAAGAAAUAGUGGAAAGGGAUCGCCGCAGGCUGGCUAAGGAAGUGGUACGGAUAUGUAGCUUUGCCUGGGGAGUAGUAACCUGCUUAGGAGCUGGUAGCAUCACUGCGUUUUCCCUUUACGGCCCCUUGUUUCUCACCCGUCUUCAUUACACUCAGCUCCGAGUAAAUGCUGUAUCGAUUGCUGCUGGUGUGUCCAUGUACCUUCCAGUCUCAGUCUUCGGAUACCUCUGUGACCGGUAUACCCCGUCGCCGCUGGCUUUGUUUUCCGGUACGGUGUUCGGAAUAGGCUACCUUUUAGCUGCAAUCGUGUACAAGAAUGGUCCACCUCCAGAUGUAGGUGGAAAUGGAUACCCUUUUUGGAUGAUGGUAGUUGCUUUCGUGUGCGUCGGGACCGCCACAAGUUGCAUGUACCUGGCCGCCGUCACGACUUGCGCCAAAAACUUCGGCAGGGGCAAACACAAGGGCAUUAUGCUUGCCAUUCCUAUAGCUGCUUUUGGCCUCAGUGGUAUGUGGCAGAGUCAAGUGGGUACUUACCUUUUGUAUGAACGGCUAGAAGAUGGCAGCCGUGGCGAUGUAGACGUCUCCCGGUACUUCAUUUUCCUUGCCGCACUGCUUUUUGGUAUUGGUGUCAUUGGGACUUUUGGAUUACGGAUUGUCGAUGAGGAUGAGGAGAAGUAUAUUGACGAAGCAGUCGAAGAACUUGAGAGGAGUGGCCUCUUGGAAGAGAGCGAGUUCUUCCGGUCGAGAAGCGAGGUUAGAGCUGCGUAUGGGACAUUCUCGCAGUCCGAUGCAGACGACGAAGAACAAACGCUAUCACUGACCCAAACUGAGGAAGAGAGGGAGGCAGCAAGGCUCGAGAAAGAGAGAGAGGAGGAGGAACGCAGGAAGAAAAACUGGCUAUUGAACUGGGAAACAAAGGUGUUCCUCAAGGAUCAUACGAUGUGGUGGCUUGCCUUAGGCUUCUUCUUGGUUACUGGACCAGGAGAAGCAUACAUUAACAACCUGGGUACUGUGGUCGGAGCCCUGACCCCAGAGUCAAGCUCUUCCAAUGCUCCUACUCCUGCCGGCAAACCAUCUACACAUGUGACAACUAUUGCGCUUACUUCAACAAUUGCCCGACUCCUCACAGGAUCCCUGUCGGACUUCUUCGCACCCCCAGCAACCCAUCUCUUCCCAAAUAACUCAGAAGCUGUACGCCCCAGCUCACCGUCCGGAUCAAAGCGAGUUACUUUAUCACGACUAACAUUCCUUCUCCCAUCCGCUCUUCUCCUCUCACUUGGCUAUCUUCUUCUAGCAUCUCCAUUUCCGGUCCAGCACCCGGAAUUGUCCCACAUAACCACAGGCCUGAUCGGCUUCGGUUACGGGAGUGCAUUCUCCCUCUGCCCCAUCAUCAUCUCCGUCGUCUGGGGCGUCGAGAACUUCGGCACGAACUGGGGUAUCGUUGCCAUGUUCCCGGCAGCAGGCGCUGCACUGUGGGGCCUCAUCUACUCCCGCUUUUACCAAGACGCCACAGAUGGAGGCAAUGGCUCAACAGACGGCCAGUGUCACGGCUGGAAAUGCUUUGGCUACUGGGCCUUGGGAUGUACGCUGAGCGUAUGGGUGGCUAUUGCCGCGUGGGGUGUCGCUUGGAGAUCAUGGAAACGAAGGGGCGUUUCUGUUUGAAUUGCGUAUUAUUCAGUCUUAUAUAGUUCCACCAGGAUGCAAUACCGGAUAGAGGCGUACAUUGGUUUGUUUAUUCUGCUUCGGUCAUAUUCAGGCAGGCAAGGCGAAAUUGGUAAUCUAGGUUAUGGUAUCUACUUUUGAAUUCAUUAUCAUUGUUC